CUGCUAAGUGCAGCAUCUAGUGGUGAUUUGGAUUGUCUGAAAUACGCACUCAAGAAUGGAUUUCCAUGGACGAUGGAUGGAAAGAGUGGAUGGAAAGAGGCAUCUAGUGGUGAUUUGGAUUGUCUGAAAUAUGCACAUAAUAAUGGAUUU